CCGUGCCUGGGAAGGAACUCUGAGGCUAGUCAGUUAGCUAGCUAGCGUUUUAUUUAAAAACAUAAAUCUCAUUUUUAAGCGGGAGGAGUAUGGCCUAGUGAUCACAUUCUCUGGGCGUUGACAAAGUUAACCAUUCUGGGCAAAAUAGAACAUUACACAUUUAGUUGGGUCAUUUAGAACGACACAAAAGCUCUGAAUUUUUCGGCCCUGGUGCCAAACCCGCUUGACAAGAGAGCGGACAGAUAUUCGACUGACCGAGGCUGAAUGCGGAUAUGAAAGGAGGUAUUAUUGGGCCUACGAAUACUUUUUCUGUCAAAAUCGUCAGACGCUACAAAAAACUCCGCAAAACGUUAAAGCAGCCUGUGUAAUCAUCUGCCAGGGAGCAGCCCCGAUCGGCCGAGCCCCAAGUAAAACAUUUGGGCCAGAUAACUCACACCGGAAUCAGCCCAAGCUCAAUGCCCGCAUCCUAGCCAUAAGUAAUACUGCUGAAGGCGGCCCAGACUCUGACUCUCAGCUGAGUGCCCCGACUCUCAUCUGGAAUUGGCCCAUAUCCACUGUGCUAGCUGAGUACAAAGUAUCAUCAGAAGAGGACUGAAGACUCAUGGAGACAGUGGGUUAAAUUUUUCUACAUUUAAAUGUCUUUGCAGCAGGUGUUCUUCCUCUGCAUAUAAUUUUCAGACACCCAAUCUAUGGCAUCCUAAAAACAAGCCCUUUUUUUUUAUAUGUAUAUAUUUUUAUAUUUAGUGAUGUUCUCCACCGAAAUGGCAGACUAAAUUACUGACUUUCCACCCUACCCACCCGUCCACCAAUCAAUGUACCUUUGAUUUUUCUUCAUAAAAGCCCCCACUACGAUACAAAACUGAAUCCCUACACAAGAGCCAGGAUGAGUGAGGCGUGGCAGCAGCAUGCUGUUGCUCCCCCUCCAGUGGUGCACACCAUACCACCGGGGGCGGAGAAUGCGUUGGGCUGCGCCGUCUAUGGUAUUGUCCUGCAGCCUGACCCCGCUCUGCAGCAGUCGCAGCAGCAGCACCAGCAUGGCCAGCAGCACAGCCAGCAGCACAGCCAGCAGCAACACCCUACCCAGGUACAGCAGCCCUCUCUGCAGGUAGGGGGCGAGGGCGGUCACAAGUGUGGAGCAUGCGGCCACGACAUCUCCCACCUGGCCAACCCACAUGAGCACCAGUGUAUGGUGAGCCAGGACCGCUCCUUCCAAUGCACCCAGUGCAUGAAGAUCUUCCACCAGGCCACUGAUCUGCUGGAGCACCAGUGUGUGCAGGUGGAGCAGAAGCCCUUUGUGUGUGGUGUGUGUAAGAUGGGCUUCUCCCUGCUCACCUCGCUGGCACAGCACCACACCUCGCACAACAGCACCAACCCCAUGAAAUGCUCCAUCUGUGAGAAGACCUACCGACCGGGUUCCUCUGGGAACACCACACCUUCCUCCUCUGCCACCAACCCUCAGCAGCCGUCUGCUGAUGGAGCCUCUUCCAGUGGGAGUGUGGCAGUGGGAUCCUCUUCCUCAAUUACAUUUCCAUCGGCCCGUGACAGGCCCUACAAGUGUUCCGUCUGUCAGAAGGGUUUCAGGCACCUGUCAGAGCUGGCCCGCCACGAGCGUGUGCACACUGGAGAGAAGCCCUUCAAGUGUGACACGUGUGACAAGAGCUUCAGCCAGUCCUCUCACCUGGCCCAUCACCAGCGCACCCACAGCUCUGAGCGCCCAUACAAAUGUGCUGUGUGUGACAAGAGCUUCAAGCACCGCUCCCACCUGGUGCGCCACAUGUACGCCCAUUCCGGAGAGCACCUGUUUAAGUGCAACCUGUGUGAACUGCACUUCAAGGAGUCUUCGGAGCUGCUGCAUCAUCCAUGCCACCCACAAGGGGCACGCCCCUUCCGCUGUGCAACCUGUGGAAAGGGCUUCAAGCGUCCAUCAGACCUGCGGCAGCAUGAGCGCACUCACUCUGAGGAGCGUCCCUUCCACUGUGAGGAGUGCCAGAUGAGUUUCAAACAGCAGUAUGCGCUGGUGCGCCACAGGCGCACGCACAAAAACCCAUCUGACCGCCCCUUCAAGUGCAACCUUUGUGACAAAGGCUUCUUGCAGCCAUCCCAUCUGCUGUACCACCAGCACGUCCACGGCAUGGAGAACCUGUUCAAGUGUGCUUCCUGCCAGAAGGAAUUCAGUCAGUCAGGAGAGCUGCUGCGCCACAAAUGCGGUGAGUCGUCCUCUUCAUCUAGGGAGACAGACAAGCCUUACAAAUGUGACGUGUGCGGCAAGGGAUACAAGAAGAGUUCGACACUGCAGCGACAUCAGAACUCGCACUGUCAAGAGAAGCCCCUAAAGUGCUCCCUAUGUGACCGCCGCUUCCUGUCAUCCUCAGAGUUUGUGCAGCACCGCUGCGACCCGUCCCGAGAGAAGCCCUUAAAGUGUCCCGAUUGUGAGAAGCGCUUCAAGUACUCGUCUGACCUGAAUAGGCACAAGCGUGUCCACACCGGGGAGAAGCCCUAUAAGUGUGCUAGCUGUGAUAAAGGCUUCAAGCAACGGGAGCACCUGGCCAAGCAUCAGAGUGUGCAUUCCAGAGAUGCCCAGUUCAAGUGUGUUUGGUGUGGAGAGCGCUUUGGAGACCUGGGAGCUUUGCAGGAGCACACAGUCCAGCACACAGCUGAAGGAGGGGGUUACCCUGUGCCACCUUGCAUAUAGUCACGCCCCUCCGCUCUGUACAAGUUCAUAGCAAACGUCCCUGUCUACCAUUAAUUUGCAGCACCCAGCUUAACACACUUGAACUGGGCAUCUCUGGAGUGCACACUCUGGUGCUUUCCAGAGAUACCCAGUUCAAAUGCUUUGGAGACCUGGGAGCCUUGCAGGAGCACACAGUCCAGCACAAAUCUAAAGGGAGUGUUACCCGAUGGUAGGUUACUCUGUGCCACUUCUUAUCGAGUCCAUAGCAACUCCCUGCCUACUCUUAAUUUGCCCCCAGCAUAUACAAUCCAUACCCUCACUUCCCAUCUGAAAACUGAUACCAGUCCACUUCCCCAUCCUAAGAAACCCAUACAAUUUAUAAUUGUUCAAAACAAAAAAUAGAAGUCACUGCCAAGUGUCACUGCUUUAGGGCUACUGUCUGAAGGACAGAGGAGACACCAACAAGGAUAUGUCUUUCACUUCAAACACUAGGGUGGAUGUUCUAGCCCAGGUCAUUUACUAUUAUCUAUCCUUACCUUCUUGAAUCAACUUCCUUGCAAGUGGGGGAAAAAAUAAAUGUAAAUCACCAUAUUCGCCUACAUUUCUGUCUAUGAAAAGCUUUGCAUUUGUACAUAAAUUACCUUGUAGAUUAAAAAGAAAAAAAGGCGAUGUGGACCAGUUCCCCUUGUGAUGACCUGCUUGACUGGUGUGUUGCACCAUGACCCAGAACUAUUCUCUUGCCAACAGUGGUUGUCACUCUAGAAUGCAUCUACAGAGAUCCUGCAUGCAUUAAUGUUCCAUUCUCUUACCCAGGAUACUCAAGACUUUUAUGAUUGCUAAGUUUCAGCAGCUGCUACAGUCUACUGAUGGCCUCUUGCUUUUUUUUUAUUUUGGAAUCAAUGACGCUGUAUCAACUCUGAUAUAAAAUGUUUUGUUUGGUGGGUGGAGGGUUGAAAUGAUUGUGUAUUGGUUACUUUUCCACAACCUAAUCACUGUAGUAGCAGUGUAUGCAUAUCAGGAAAUGGAACCGGUUCAGGGAACAGAACCAGAAAUAUCACUAAAACAAAAAUGAUCAGAACCAGGAACGGAAGUGAUCUAUACUGUUCUGGAACAGAACCGUUAUUUUAAAAGCACGGGAACCGGGUAAUAAUGUUAUUUUACAUUCCAGGUAUUUUUUUUACAGUCCGACAAACGCAACAAUGCGCCUAUGCAAAGCCCUCACUCUGUCACUCAGAAAAUCUUUGUGUGUGUGUGUGUAGUUUACCUGUCCCUCCCCCUCCGAAGCACUGUAGCCUACUGAUGUUACAUGCGUGAUUCAGAAAUGUAGAGAUUUUUUAUUAGAGAAGAAUGGAUUAACUUUAUCAAUGCUGGUUAACUAUGGUAUCCUUAUCACGUUUCUCAUUGGAUUUAUUAACUACAAAAAGGUAAGAUGUGUUUUUUAUUUUAAUUGUGAUGCCGCUCUGCACAAACAAGUUUGUUAGCUAGCUCUCGUCCAACUUUAAGCCAACUCUUUUCAAGUUCAAAGACAUUCAAAGUUCCUUCAUAUAAGCCGCUCCUCCGUAGGUAUAAUUCUGUGGGCCUAGUUCAGAUAAUGCAUGUCAUCACAAGAUGCCCAGCACUUCAAGCCUCCUCCUCCAACCUCUCUCGAUCUUUCCCCACCUGGAAAAUUUCAAUCGCAUCUCGCGCCCUACACUUGUUUACACAUGCAGUAGAUGUCAGACAACUAUUGCUUGCCCGUGCCAUAGCAAGCUGCUCUAUCCUCACUGAUUGGUGAAGUAAUUUGAGCUAAAUGUAGCGGUUUAAAAAGGACUGAUAUAAAUCAUUACUUUCUUGGGUCGAACCGGUUCAGAACAUUAAUUUGGCUGGUGGGAACAGUGCAACAUAAUGUCAAAAAUAAUGGUUCUGUUCUUCAGAAUGAAACAAUUGGAAAAUAAUUUUGGUUCCAACCUCUGACGCAUAUACAAUAAAAUCAUACACCUCUACUCUUUGCUUAAGUAUUUUUAUGAUUUUUUUUGUAUGUACACGAAUCAACUCCAACUAAAAGUGGUUUAUUUUUAAAAUUGUUUUUGUGCUAUUGUGAAAUAUUACAAAAGUUUGACUGUAUGUGGAUGUAUAUGUGGCCAUCAUUGUGGCAACUAUAGUUUGUACCAAAACACCAUUGUACUGCAGCAAAUCCCAAAGGUGUGGAGAUUAAAGAGCUGAAGUAUCAAGACAUCUCACUGGUAUAUAGAAAUAUAUAUUUCACACAUACAGUUCAUAUUCCUACAGAGAUCAGUGAAGAGUAUCUGUGCUGAAAAUAUCUAAAACUUGAUCAAGCUUCCUCUUACAGUACAAUAUGUAUGUGAGUAUGUUUACCAGUUUGGUUACAGAAGUUGCAUAACUAUUGCUUCUAAAACUGCAUUGGCUGUUUUGUAUGUUACAACUUUUUAUCAUAUGAGGACUUUAAUUGUUUUUCAUAUUUUCAAGUCAUAGUUAUGAUAGUGGUAUAUGUUGCAAGUUUCCAAGGAGAACAUUCUGUCUCUAAGCCCUACAAGGAUUCUGACCCCUGGUGCUCCUUUGUGUUUAUUUGAUGAAUGAUUGUUGAAUCAUGUCUGUGAAAAUGGAAUCCUGGCUGUGAAGUGGAUUGUAUAAAACAUACAUCUGGUGUAGAAUUUUGUCAGGUCUGUAUAGUUUAACCCCAGUUAUGUCAAACUUAUCUGCAGUAGAUUUGUGCAGAUCAUUUUAACUUCUGGAUUUUAUAGCAUUGUUUUUUUUAUAGCAUCCUUACCAAAAUGGGCUGCUUAAGCUUGAUUGCAAAAGUUAUGGAUUGACUCUUUAUAGUCUGUAAGUUGUAAGACAACUAAUAAGGCAAAAAUCUGUCAACUUUGAGGGCAAAUCAAUGUGGCUCAAAGUGUUUUUUUUGUGUGUGGGGGGGGGGUCUUUUUUUCAAAGGAACUAUUUCAAGGGGAUGUGUUUGGUUGUGGUUUGAGUGCAGUAUUGAAAAACUAUUUUAUGAUAAGGUAAUGCUAACUUUGAGGAAGGUUAUUUUUUUAUAAUCAGUUUCAGUAGACUGUUAAACUGGGGUCAGGGUUAUUUAGAAACCCAUUCUACUCCAGAACUGACUGCCUCAAUGUUGUUGCUCUGUUUCUUGUACUGUGCUGUGUUUUUUGUUUCCUCCAUCGUCACCUGAGGUGGGCUAACCGUUUGUCAUUCGUCUUUCAUCUGGCAUUAAGACCACAUCAAAAAGCAGUUGUGACUUGAAUUAAAAAGAAAAGUACUGUAUAUGUUUAGUUUAUAUACAUUUUUAAAAAUUAUUUUAAUCUAUAUGAAUAUUUCCAUUCUUGGGAGAAGGUAACAGGGCCUUUUAGGAUGUAAUGGGAGGAGAUGUUUGAUUGAUGGAAGGGUCAUUAGGACUGUGAUUGACAUGACUUUUCAUCUGGUGUAGUGUAUAACAGUUAGCCCCAAUUGACCCUGCUUUCUCUGUUCUGUGCAUGCCUGCUGUGUUAGUUCCUGUAAUCUUUCCUAGGUAUUAGUGCUUCAGAUGGCACUUAUUCCACAUAGCUUUUUUCAAAUUGUUAUGUGAAAAAAUAUUUGUGACAAUGUACAGUGUGUACAUUCAUGCUAAAAUAUCUGUAUGUAGCAUUCAUUACACACAGCACUAACAAAUAAACUUUUUAUAAAGGG